AUAUAUCUUUUUGUGAUUGGUUUAUUUUUCUUAGCAUAAUAGCUUCUGAUUCCAUACUGUGGUUUUCUUUAUCAUAACUAGUUUCUUAUUUGCACUUGGGUCUAUUGUAGGUUUGUGAUAUAUUUCACUAUUGGUAGGGCCAUGAGGGUAAACUUGGCACAUCCCCCCUCCCAAAUGUCAACCAUUUUUGUGUCAUUCUUAUAGAUGAAUAGUUUUGCUAAUGGAAUUUAGAUUGGAUUUCCAUGAAAAUUAAUAUAAAUUUGGCGAAUAUCCAUAGUUUAUAUAAUAUGAAGUCUUAUGUUAGGAACAUGUCUCCAUUUAAUUAAUGCAUUGUAUUUUUCAAUUUAUAUAAAAUUUAUGCUUAUAUUAGUAAAGAACCUAGAGAGGAGCCAUUAUACAGAGAGAUACAUAGGAUUGAACAGCAAGUUAAACAAAAUAGCACUUAUACUUUGGAAAUAAUUUGCCAUCUACUUUCAAAAUAAUUUGAAUCUAUUUACUAUAUAUCUUAAGAGUUGAUAACUAAAUGUACUUAAAAUGUAGCUACCACAUAAGAUUUCUUUAUGGAAGAGAAGGCCCCACUCCAUCCCAAAUUAACGUCAUGUGUUGCUGUUAAACAGUAAACAAAAGAGAGCUGGCUUUGUUGGUCAUUUUAACUCUAUUUUUAAAGAAUUUGUGAAAUUAUGAUUGUUUAUGUGUUCCUUAUUUCCUGGGAUGUUGUUUUGUAUAGAAGACAAACAGUUUUCUUAAAUUUGUAGUUGUUAACGUUCUACAGCCAUUAUUUAAAAUUUAGACGAGUUUGAUAAUGUUCAUUUAUUUAUUUAUAUUUCCUUGUUAUGGUAAUGUCUUAAGUUGCACUUCAGAUACAUAAAACUUGUAUUUAAGGCUCACAUUUUAAGCACAGUAGUCUGAAAAUGAACUGGUCUACACACUCUAACUGAACUUUUCUUUUUAGUUACAUCAGAGGAUCCACUGACCAUAGGAUGUUGCCACACAAUCUACCUCUUGUGUUACACUAUUUCAUGAGCUGCAACAGUUGAAAAUUUGAACCUGAUGUCUGCAGGCUGUGUUGAAAAACUUUGAAGAAGCUAAAUAACACGGGAUGACCUAGGAGUGAUUCUAAGCCUAUAACAAGAUACUGAUUCAUCAGUGAAUGUGUCAGCCUUGGUUCUGAAUGCUGCAGAUAACAGCACAUAGAGUUUCUUCUUUCUUUAUUUCUGAAGCAUUCACUUGACCUUUCAUCAGUUAAGAUUGACUUUUCUAAUCUGUUCCGGGAUAUAUUAAUGGAAUACAGUCAUGUCCACUCAAGACGAGAGGCAGAUCAAUACUGAAUAUGCUGUGUCCUUGUUGGAACAGUUAAAACUGUUUUAUGAACAGCAGCUGCUUACUGACAUAGUGUUAAUUGUUGAGGGCACUGAAUUUCCUUGUCAUAAGAUGGUUCUUGCAACAUGUAGCUCUUAUUUCAGAGCCAUGUUCAUGAGUGGGCUAAGCGAAAGCAAACAGACACAUGUACACCUGCGGAACGUCGAUGCAGCCACUUUACAGAUAAUAAUAGCUUACGCAUACACGGGUAACAUGGCACUAAAUGACAGCACUGUGGAACAGCUGUAUGAAACAGCCUGCUUCUUGCAGGUAGAAGAUGUGUUGCAACGUUGUCGAGAAUAUUUAAUUAAAAAGAUAAAUGCAGAGAAUUGUGUGCGGCUGUUGUGUUUUGCUGAUCUCUUCAGUUGUGAAGAGUUAAAACAAAGUGCUAAAAGAAUGGUGGAGCAUAAGUUCACUGCUGUGUAUCACCAGGAAGCUUUCAUGCAGUUGUCACAUGACCUACUGAUAGACAUUCUCAGUAGUGACAAUUUAAAUGUAGAAAAGGAGGAGACCGUUCGAGAAGCUGCUAUGCUGUGGCUAGAGUAUAAUACAGAAUCAAGAUCCCAGUAUUUGUCUUCAGUUCUUAGUCAAAUCAGAAUUGAUGCACUUUCAGAAGUAACCCAGAGAGCUUGGUUUCAAGGCUUGCCGCCCAAUGAUAAGUCUGUGGUAGUGCAAGGUCUGUAUAAAUCCAUGCCGAAGUUCUUCAAGCCGAGACUCGGGAUGACGAAAGAAGAGAUGAUGAUAUUCAUUGAAGCGUCUUCAGAAAAUCCGUGUAGUCUGUACUCAUCAGUCUGUUACAGUCCCCAGGCCGAAAAAGUUUACAAGCUCUGCAGCCCACCAGCUGAUUUGCAUAAAGUUGGAACCAUUGUAACUCCUGAUAAUGACAUUUAUAUAGCAGGGGGGCAAGUCCCUCUGAAAAACACAAAAACAAAUCACAGUAAGACAAGCAAAUUUCAGACUGCCUUCAGAACUGUGAAUUGCUUUUAUUGGUUUGAUGCACAGCAAAAUACCUGGUUUCCAAAGACCCCAAUGCUUUUCGUGCGUAUAAAACCAUCUCUGGUGUGCUGUGAAGGCUAUAUCUAUGCAAUUGGAGGAGAUAGUGUAGGUGGCGAACUUAACAGGAGGACUGUAGAAAGAUACGACACUGAAAAGGAUGAGUGGACGAUGGUAAGCCCCUUGCCAUGUGCUUGGCAGUGGAGCGCAGCAGUGGUGGUUCAUGACUGCAUUUAUGUGAUGACACUGAACCUCAUGUACUGUUAUUUUCCAAGGUCUGAUUCGUGGGUAGAAAUGGCCAUGAGACAGACUAGCAGGUCCUUUGCUUCAGCAGCAGCUUUUGGUGAUAAGAUUUUCUAUAUUGGAGGGUUGCAUAUUGCCACCAAUUCUGGCAUAAGACUCCCCUCGGGCACUGCAGAUGGGUCUUCAGUAACUGUGGAAAUUUAUGAUGUGAAUAAAAAUGAAUGGAAAAUGGCAGCCAACAUCCCUGCUAAGAGGUACUCUGAUCCCUGUGUGAGAGCUGUUGUAAUUUCAAAUUCUCUGUGUGUGUUUAUGCGAGAAACCCACUUAAAUGAGAGAGCUAGAUAUGUCACCUACCAAUAUGAUCUGGAACUUGACCGGUGGUCUCUGCGGCAGCAUAUAUCUGAACGAGUACUAUGGGACUUGGGGAGAGAUUUUCGAUGCACUGUGGGGAAACUUUAUCCGUCCUGCCUUGAAGAAUCUCCAUGGAAACCACCAACUUACCUUUUCUCACCAGAUGGGACAGAGGAGUUUGAACUGGAUGGAGAAAUGGUUGCUCUACCACCUGUAUAGCUAAGAGUUCAGGGAGUACACACCUGCAAAAGUAAUUUCUUUCAGAUGAAUUAGUACAAGGCUGAUUCCAGUGAGGUGGAAGUUAAAGAUGUCUCAAAUAUCCUACUUUACCAAAAUGCUAUACCACUCCAUUAUCUCCGACACCAGCCACCACUCCUCCCCUCAGUAUUCUCCCUCUAGUUCCCGGGUUCUGCCAUUUCCUGCAACAACUCACAGAACUCAAACCUUCAAGGAAGUGGUGCACGUGGUUGUGGAGGCUGGCAAGUCCCAAAUCUGAUGUUUAGACAUCCAUCUGGAGGAUUCUUGUCGUUCACACCAAAUUAGACUGCUGUCUCAAGGCUACAGAAGCUGCCAAGUCAGGUCGGGCGGAGGCAAGCCAGAAGCAGGAUCCAGAGCGAGAGAGCCAACGUUGCCAAAGUUGCUUAGUUCACGUCAAGAUGGCUGCCGGAGUCCUUGGCCAUCGGUUUUCUUAGGGUGGUCACUGGCAUCUGACUGGUGUUUGUCACCAGGUGACUCACUAGUCUUAGGCACAUGCUCACUUGGGAAGUGGGCUCAGAAAGAUGGCAUCUUACCCACGUCUGAGGUUUUGAUGGAGUUGUGGUUUUUGCCUUCUGACAGCAAAAAACUAGGAGUGGAGAAUCAUGUCAGCACAACGUGGGCUGUCCAGGUCUAGUCUUAGCCAGUUUCAUGACCCCAGCCGCUGCCUCUUCUGAAUUAGGCAGCAGGUGAUUUGCCUAUUAAGGAAAGAGCUUAAAACCAUAAGUUUGUGUUUGAACACCAAUGUCAAAGAUGAUGGCUGAUCUGUAGACCAUAUAGCCCCAAGCAAAAUGAGGGUGAUGACUUGAGUCAUACCCUCUAGUAAGGUGGAGGCUCAAAAUAUAUCUAUCCUACCUUAAUCCUGCCUCAUUAGCAUAACAAUACACUCCCAAAUAGACCAGUAGCUACAAGGGUAGAGGCUAGGAAUUAUACAGUCAGGACAUCACAAAAUGGAGGACUAGGGUCAGAAGUGCUAUAUGAACUAACUCAACCUCAACACCUGAUCUAUGAGCUUUGACAUUUUCUUUAAGCAAGAGAGUCUAUGAAAGGUUUAAAUGAGUACAUAAAAGUCUUUAUCUUUGAUAAAUUUUAUUUUUAUGCCCUACUUAAUAUUUGCAUCAGUAUAAUAUAUAUCAAUGAAUUACAGAAAAAUAUACUUCCAUAAUAUGAAAUAGAUUAUCCAAUAAUUGAGAAACUUUUAUGUGUAUCAUGAGAGUUUGAGAAUCUGGCUUAUCUAACAGAUUGUUAGCUCUGUGUAUGUACAGCUCAAAAAGCUCACUUACAUAGUCUGCUGUUCCUAGUGUGGUCUAUGACUAUGCUGAGGUUAUUUCAGUGUAUGUAUUUCAUUCCUGUGCUUCUGUUCUGAAGUCUUGGAAUAUAGUUUUUUUCAGUGUAAUUAGUUCAGCUGCAAUUAACACUAUUGUCCAUGUUGGUAUAGAGAUGCUGUCUAAAUCCUAUUCUCUAGUGGAGGAAGUUCUUCCUUCUAAUGGUAUUACACAGGGAAAGCUAUGACUGCAGGAUCAGUCUAACUAUACUAUUAGGUGCAUGUAUUCUCUUUUCACUAACUUAUACUCUCUCUCUAGAAUACAGGUCUUCCAGUCAGCUGGUCCCUUACCAGGUGUGGACUAAGUUGCUGGGCUCGCAAGAAGAAUUGCCAGCCCCUCAUUGUGCGGGUCUGUGUGGAGCUUUACUCAAUGAAUGCCUCCACUUCUGUAUUACAUUAACAUUGGCUCAUGCAUAUAACUACCUGCUGCUGAUGUGUUUCUCCAUCUUAAAGAUUUAGAGUGGGUUAACCAGGUCAUUACAUCGUUGUUAAUUUAAUAACAAGCAUUACUGUAGAGUGAUUGUGUAUAGUAUCUGUCAGUUGUCAGAGUAUGUGUGUGUAUGAUUUUUUUUAACCUGUAGAGUGUGUGUUGGGGGUGGGGUGGGGUGAUAGGAUUAGGAAGAUGAACUGUUCAGGAAAUCUCUGCACUAGCCGUGCAGUAGAGCAGAUAACUAGUGCUGCUCUGGCAUUAAUCCCAGGAACCACUAGCAGUAGCGGGGUGCCGCCAAUCUAACAUGAGCACAGGUGCUUCAUGGACAAACAUUACUAGCAUGUUCAACUGCAUAAUGUUCUGGCACUGUAUUUUGAAUGACAUUAAUUUAUUAAAUAAAUUGUAUAUAUUCAAUGUC